CGUACAGAGAGAGAAGAAUCGCGCAGAGAGAGAGAGAGGAAUCGCGGUCGUCUUGCCCCUCCUCUCCCCGCUCCUUCUCCACCUCCUCCCGCUGGGUCGUCGUCCAUCGACUUUGCUCACUGGCUAGGGGCAAACGGGAUAACCUUGGUGCUCUUUGAGACGCCCUCUGGCUUUGCAGUCUUACAUUAUGAUGGGGUCAAACUUUUUCGCCCAAAUGCCUUGCGGGAUAUCUGGUCAGAAUUCAUCGAUGAGCCUAUGGCACGAGAUGUUGCUUUUCUUAAAGAAUUUAAAGUUUUCAAUGACAAGGCCAGCGCCAUUAAUAGUAAUGGUGUUUGUUCUAAGCUUACUAAUAUGAUCAAGAGGUCACUCUGGCCUGGCCAGAGACUUGCUGUUGGCAAAUGUGAAUAUAAAAACAUCAUUGAGGCUAGAUUGGGAAUUCACUGCCUUUUUAAUGAAGCUGUGCUUGAAGUAAUGUGGGGCUUGAAGUAUCUCAUCAAGUUUUUAGUGCCUGCUGAAGAAGUAGAACUGACAGAUGAGGACCGCUUCCAGAUGUGUAAAAUACUGAAAUUAGUCCUGAAUCGUUAUGGCUUUGAGGUUGAACCCAAAACGGUUAAUUCAGACAUCAUUUAUGCGGCAUCUGUCGUGUAUGAGUGUGAUCGUUCUGUGGAUAUACGUGCUUCGUACUUGGAUCAUGGUAGGGCGAAGCUUUCAGAGGUAUCACAAAUUUAUUCUACGAAUUGGGAUGAACUGAAACUUGCAACUGCUCUCAAGUUAAUUUGUUAUCCUGAAGAGCAAGUUGAAACUGGUGAUUCUGAAGAGAUGCUGUCAGAGAGUGAGGCAGAGCAAUUGUUGGCUGAUGCACAUCUCAAUGAAAUUAAGCUCCAUAAGCCGGCUUACUUGAAGAUCUACAACGAUUUUGUUUGGAUCUGUGGAGUUAGGCGUAAAGCACUCUUGCAAUUAGAUUCCAUGGUCAAGAAGCCAAGAGAAGAAUUCAAGCUGCACCAGGCGUCCUUGGAUUCCUUCAUGGUCAGGGAGGCAGAAAAAGAAUCGAAACUGCACCAGGGGUGCAUGGGCAUGGUCAAUGGGGCAAGAGAAGAAUUUCAGCAGCGUGAGGUGUCGUUGGAUUCCUCCAUGGACAAGGCAAAAGAAGAAUCGAAGCUACAGCAGGGGAGUCCGAUGCAGAUGGAUUGAGACAGAACAAAAGAAAAAUAUACAAACUAGUGUCGUGUUUGUUGAUUUGAAGUGUAGGAGGCAAUUCGAUAUACGGAGCACUGCUUUUAUCAUCUUCAUCCUUGAACCUACAUUUGGUGUUAAAAUAAUUCAUUCAGUCUUGGAAGGUUUCUCUGGAAUAA